CCGGCGGAGGCGGCCGCAGCCGGGGCCGCUGCCUGAGAGUUGUUGUUUCCUCCUCCUCCUCCUCCGCCUCCGCCGCCGUUGCUUGAAUGGUGGAGCCGAGGCUCGGCUCGUGAGCACACACUGACAGCUACAGGGCAGGCGGCGGCACCGUCCCCGCUUCCCCUCAGCGGCGGGGUGUCCCGCCGGCGGCCCCGAAGUGACCCGCAAACAUGUCUCGUGAGAGGAAAGGCCUCUCGGAGCUGCGAUCGGAGCUCUACUUCCUCAUCGCCCGGUUCCUGGAAGAUGGACCCUGUCAGCAGGCGGCUCAGGUGCUGAUCCGCGAAGUGGCCGAGAAGGAGCUGCUGCCCCGGCGCACCGACUGGACUGGGAAGGAGCACCCCAGGACCUACCAGAAUCUGGUGAAGUAUUAUAGACAUCUUGCACCUGAUCACUUGCUGCAAAUCUGUCAUCGACUAGGACCUCUUCUUGAGCAAGAAAUUCCUCAGAGUGUUCCUGGAGUACAAACUUUAUUGGGAGCUGGGAGACAGUCCUUGCUACGUACAAAUAAAAGCUGCAAGCAUGUGGUAUGGAAAGGAUCUGCUCUGGCUGCACUACAUUGUGGAAGGCCACCAGAGUCUCCAGUUAACUAUGGUAGCCCGCCUAGCAUUGCGGAUACUCUGUUUUCAAGGAAGCUGAAUGGGAAAUACAGACUUGAACGACUUGUUCCAACUGCAGUGUAUCAGCAUAUGAAGAUGCAUAAACGAAUUCUUGGACACUUAUCAUCGGUGUACUGUGUAACUUUUGAUCGAACUGGCAGGCGGAUAUUUACUGGUUCUGAUGAUUGUCUUGUGAAAAUCUGGGCCACAGACGAUGGGAGAUUGCUAGCUACUUUAAGAGGACAUGCUGCUGAAAUCUCAGACAUGGCUGUUAACUAUGAGAAUACUAUGAUAGCAGCCGGAAGUUGUGAUAAAAUGAUCCGAGUCUGGUGUCUUCGAACUUGUGCACCUUUGGCUGUUCUUCAGGGACACAGUGCAUCCAUUACAUCACUACAGUUCUCACCAUUGUGCAGUGGCUCAAAGAGAUACCUGUCUUCUACUGGGGCAGAUGGCACUAUUUGCUUUUGGCUUUGGGAUGCUGGAACUCUUAAAAUAAAUCCAAGACCUACAAAAUUUACAGAGCGCCCUCGGCCUGGAGUUCAGAUGAUCUGUUCUUCAUUCAGUGCUGGUGGAAUGUUUUUGGCCACUGGAAGCACUGACCAUAUUAUUAGAGUUUAUUUUUUUGGAUCAGGUCAGCCAGAGAAAAUAUCAGAAUUGGAGUUUCAUACUGACAAAGUUGAUAGUAUCCAGUUUUCCAACACUAGUAGCAGGUUUGUGAGUGGUAGUCGUGAUGGGACAGCACGAAUUUGGCAAUUUAAACGAAGAGAGUGGAAAAGCAUUUUGUUAGAUAUGGCUACUCGUCCAGCAGGCCAAAAUCUACAAGGGAUAGAAGACAAAAUCACAAAAAUGAAAGUAACUAUGGUAGCUUGGGAUCGACAUGACAACACAGUUAUAACUGCAGUUAAUAACAUGACUCUGAAAGUUUGGAAUUCUUACACUGGUCAACUGAUUCAUGUUCUAAUGGGUCAUGAAGAUGAGGUGUUUGUUCUCGAGCCACACCCAUUUGAUCCUAGAGUUCUCUUUUCUGCUGGUCAUGAUGGAAACGUGAUAGUGUGGGAUCUAGCAAGAGGAGUCAAAGUUCGAUCUUAUUUUAACAUGAUUGAAGGCCAAGGACAUGGUGCAGUGUUUGACUGCAAAUGCUCCCCUGACGGUCAGCACUUUGCUUGUACAGAUUCUCAUGGACAUCUUUUAAUUUUUGGUUUUGGGUCCAGUAGCAAGUAUGACAAGAUAGCAGAUCAGAUGUUUUUUCAUAGUGAUUAUCGGCCCCUUAUUCGUGAUGCCAACAAUUUUGUAUUAGAUGAGCAGACUCAGCAGGCACCUCAUCUCAUGCCUCCCCCUUUUCUGGUUGAUGUUGACGGAAAUCCUCAUCCUUCAAGAUACCAGAGAUUAGUUCCUGGUCGUGAGAAUUGCAGGGAGGAGCAGCUCAUCCCUCAGAUGGGAGUCACUUCUUCAGGAUUGAACCAAGUUUUAAGCCAGCAAGCAAACCAGGAUAUCAGUCCUCUAGACAGCAUGAUUCAAAGACUACAGCAGGAACAAGACCUGAGGCGUUCUGGUGAAGCAGGUGUCAGUAAUACCAGCCGUUUAAACAGAGGCUCUGUAAGUUCUACCUCCGAAGUGCAUUCACCACCAAAUGUAGGAUUGAGGCGCAGUGGGCAGAUUGAAGGUGUGCGACAGAUGCACAGCAACGCCCCAAGAAGUGAAAUCGCCACAGAGCGAGAUCUCGUUGCUUGGAGCCGAAGGGUGGUGGUACCUGAGCUCUCGGCUGGUGUAGCUAGUAGACAAGAAGAGUGGAGAACUGCAAAGGGAGAAGAGGAAAUAAAGAGUUACAGGUCAGAAGAGAAAAGGAAGCACUUAACUGUUGCAAAAGAAAAUAAAAUUUUUACUGUCUCAAAGAAUCAUGCUCAUGAGCAUUUCUUAGAUGUUGGAGAUUCCAAAAAGCAACAAGCAAAUCAACACAAUUACCGCACAAGAUCUGCGCUGGAAGAAAUGCCUAGACCCUUGGAGGAUAUAGAAAAUGGGACUAGUUCUUCAGAUGAAGGUGAAGUGGUUGCUGUCAGUGGCGGGACAUCUGAGGAAGAGGAGCGGGCAUGGCACAGUGACGGCAGUUCCAGUGACUACUCCAGUGAUUAUUCUGAUUGGACAGCAGAUGCUGGAAUUAAUUUGCAGCCACCAAAGAAAGUUCCUAAGCAUAAAACUAAGAAAGCAGAAAGUAGUUCAGAUGAAGAAGAUGAAUCUGAAAACCAGAAACAAAAACAUAUUAAAAAGGAAAGAAAAAAAGCAAAUGAAGAAAAAGAUGGACCAACAUCACCAAAGAAAAAAAAGCCCAAAGAAAGAAAACAAAAGAGAUUGGCCGUAGGAGAACUAACUGAAAAUGGUCUUACAUUAGAAGAAUGGUUGCCUUCAACGUGGAUUACAGAUACACUUCCCAGAAGAUGUCCAUUUGUACCACAAAUGGGUGAUGAGGUAUAUUAUUUCAGACAAGGACAUGAAGCAUAUGUUGAAAUGGCCCGGAAAAAUAAAAUUUAUAGUAUCAAUCCUAAAAAACAGCCAUGGCAUAAAAUGGAACUAAGGGAACAAGAACUGAUGAAGAUCGUUGGUAUCAAGUAUGAAGUGGGAUUGCCUACCCUUUGCUGCCUUAAGCUUGCUUUUCUAGAUCCUGAUACUGGUAAACUGACCGGUGGAUCAUUUACCAUGAAAUACCAUGAUAUGCCUGACGUUAUAGAUUUCCUAGUCUUGAGACAACAAUUUGAUGACGCAAAAUAUAGGCGGUGGAAUAUAGGUGACCGCUUCAGAUCAGUCAUAGAUGAUGCCUGGUGGUUUGGAACAAUUGAAAGUCAAGAGCCUCUUCAACCUGAGUAUCCUGAUAGUUUGUUUCAGUGUUACAAUGUUUGCUGGGACAAUGGAGAUACAGAAAAGAUGAGUCCUUGGGAUAUGGAACUAAUACCUAAUAAUGCUGUAUUUCCAGAAGAAUUGGGUACCAGUGUUCCUUUGACUGAUGUUGAAUGUAGGUCACUAAUCUAUAAGCCUCUUGAUGGAGAAUGGGGAGCCAAUCCCAGGGAUGAAGAAUGUGAAAGAAUUGUUGGAGGAAUAAAUCAGUUGAUGACUCUAGAUAUUGCUUCAGCAUUUGUGGCCCCUGUGGAUCUGCAAGCUUAUCCCAUGUAUUGCACUGUGGUGGCAUAUCCAACGGAUCUAAGUACAAUUAAACAAAGACUGGAAAACAGGUUUUACAGGCGUGUUUCAUCCCUAAUGUGGGAAGUUCGAUAUAUAGAACAUAAUACACGAACGUUUAAUGAGCCAGGAAGCCCAAUUGUGAAAUCUGCCAAAUUUGUUACCGAUCUUCUUCUGCAUUUUAUAAAGGACCAGACUUGUUAUAACAUAAUUCCAGUUUACAACUCAAUGAAGAAGAAAGUUUUGUCUGACUCUGAGGAAGAAGAGAAAGACGCUGAUGUACCUGGAACUUCUACCCGAAAAAGGAAGGAUCAUCAACCUAGAAGAAGGUUACGCAACAGAGCUCAGUCUUAUGAUAUUCAAGCAUGGAAGAAACAAUGUCAAGAGUUGUUAAAUCUCAUAUUUCAGUGUGAAGAUUCAGAGCCUUUUCGACAGCCAGUAGAUCUUCUUGAAUAUCCAGACUAUAGAGACAUCAUUGACACUCCAAUGGACUUUGCUACUGUCAGAGAAACUUUAGAGGCUGGGAAUUACGAGUCACCAAUGGAGUUAUGUAAAGAUGUCAGGCUCAUUUUUAGUAAUUCCAAAGCAUAUACACCAAGCAAAAGAUCAAGGAUUUACAGCAUGAGUUUACGCCUGUCUGCUUUCUUUGAAGAACACAUUAGUUCAGUUUUGUCAGAUUACAAGUCUGCUCUUCGUUUUCAUAAAAGAAAUACUAUAACCAAAAGGAGGAAGAAGCGAAACAGAAGCAGCUCCCUUUCCAGCAGCGCCGCCUCAAGCCCUGAAAGGAAAAAAAGGAUCUUAAAGCCCCAACUGAAAUCAGAAAUAUCUACCUCUCCAUUCUCUGUACCUACACGAUCAGUACUGCCAAGGCAUAAUGCUGCUCAGAUAAAUGGUAAACCAGAAUCCAAUUCUGUGGUUCGAACCAGGAGCAACCGUGUAGCUGUAGAUCCAGUUAUCACUGAGCAGCCAUCUACAUCAUCAGCCACAAAAGCUUUUAUUUCAAAAAAUAAUACAUCUGCCAUGCCAGGAAAAACAAUGCUAGAAAAUUCUGUGAAACAUUCCAAGGUCUUGAGUACGCUUCCAAGCCCUGACCAACCCACAUUUGGCCAUGGUACGAGGAAUAACUCUGUAAAAGAAAACAUGGAAAAGGAAAAGCCUGUCAAACGUAAAAUGAAGUCCUCUGUACUGUCAAAAGCAUCCACACUUCCAAAGUCAUCAGCUGUCAUUGAUCAAGGAGAUUGUAAGAACAAUGUUCUUAUAGCAGGACCCAUUCAAGUAAAUGGUCAUGGAGGACAGCCAUCAAAACUUGUGAAGAGAGGGCCUGGGAGGAAGCCUAAGGCAGAAGCUAACACCAGCAGUGGUGAAGUUACACACAAGAAAAGAGGUAGAAAGCCCAAGAAACUUCAGUGUACAAAGCAAGAAAACUCUGAGCAAAAUAACAUGCCUCCAAUCAGGGCUGAGGUGGUUCCUUCUUCAACAUGCAACUUUCUUUCUGAAACGAAUGUUGUUAAGGAGGAUUUGUUACAGAAAAAGAGUCGUGGAGGCAGAAAACCCAAAAGGAAGAUGAAAACACAAAACCUAGAUUCAGAACUCAUAGUUCCUACGAAUGUUAAAGUGUUAAGGAGAAGUAACCGGAAAAAAACAGAUGGUCCUAUAGAUGAGGAAGAAGAGUUUGAAGAACUCAAAGGCUCUGAACCUCAUAUGAGAACUAGAAACCAAGGUCGAAGGACAGCUUUCUAUAAUGAGGAUGACUCAGAAGAAGAACAGAGGCAGCUGUUAUUUGAAGACACCUCUUUGACUUUUGGGACUUCUAGUAGAGGACGGGUCCGAAAGUUGACUGAAAAAGCAAAGGCUAAUUUAAUUGGUUGGUAACUUGAAGCAAAAUAUUGUACUUCAGAGUCUAUGAAGCAGGUACAGUUAAGGAGUAAGUAGAACUAAGGUUUCUGCUUCCUGGCUGCUAUGAUGGAUUAGGGAAUGUUACAAUUUGACUUGGGAAAAAAGGAGGCAAACAAACAAAUUUAGAAAAUAAUUUACGUCUUUGAAUGAAAAAGAAAAUCUAUAUACAUAUAUAUUUCAAAUGUUUGCUAUUUAUUGCCCUUAGGUAGGUUAUUCAUUUCCACAUUCAUUUCAUUCACUGUUUGAAAUUGAGGACCUGUUAUAAAUUCCUGAUUUAUUUAUGGAAGAGACAGCUCUGCUACACUCUUGAAGCAUAGUAUUCCUAGUGAUAGAAUGUUUCCUGGUAAAUUGAAUUAUUUUUGACCAAGUAAGAUACAUUUUUACUGAUACAGAAGUCAUGCCCUUAGGAAGAAAGAUGUUACACAGAGUAGCAGUACAUUAAGAAACGUUUCCUCUAAAGCUAACUUUAAAGAUCCCACCAUUUGUUAUCCUGAGAAGUGUUAGUUGUAGGGUGUUCAACUACAGAACAUCUAGAGGAAGCUUUUCGUUUUACUCCAUUUCUGCCAAACUUAAGGAGAAAAUAAAUGUAUUGAUGCAAAGGAAACAUAUCCACAUUGGAAAACAUUUGACUGUCUAAUUUUUCAGACCUUGAUUCUUGUAUCAGUCACUCUAUCUCUGUUUAUUGUGCCAAAGACUGAGAAUCAGUGCAGUGGAAAGCCUGUUUUUGACUGUCAGGACAACAUACACUUUUCAAUACUGGAAAAGCUAUAUAUUCUAAAGAGCAAGUGAUUACAGAAUUAUGCUGAGUUGUAUCUUUUUUUUCUUUCUUUCUUUUUUUUUUGGUACUAAUAGUAGGAAAAUAAUGCACUGGUGGGUCCUUUGACAGAGAUAUCUUAGAGACAAUGUUUAAGUGGUUAAAGGAUUCAAGGAAAAUACAGGAAAAAAAGUAUGGAAUUUGAUGUUUACUUGAUCUGGAUUAAUGUCAUUUUUAAAUUUCAGACAUUUCCAAUAGGCUAAAAUGACUUACAAAGAACCAUGUCUGUGUGCGUGUGUAUAUUGAUAAAUGGGUGUGAUUGAAUAUAUAUAUACAAACGCAUACUAUUACCCAGGUAUAAAUUCUUUUUUCAGGAUUUUUUUAGAUAGUAGUAGAAUAAAAACAAUUUUAAAAUGUCAUACUUUAUAGUUUAAUUUUAAGGAAAAGAUUGGUUAUUUUCAACUAUUAAAAGUUAAAAAUAGGCCAAAUCACUUUUUAUGCAAUCAUGUUUUAUACAGUGGUCUCAUUGCACAUUGUGUUUUUUCUGCACUUUUUACGGUAUCCUUAUCACGCUGGUAUCUCAAUAUACACUCUAAAGAGAAACGCCCAUUUAAUGAUUGUGCCUUGUAUUCUAUUAUUUUUUGCAUCAUUAGUAAAAUUAAGUUGUCUAUUGUAAAUGAUAACUAUAUGACUUAGGAGAAUGUAUUACUAUAUGUACUGCUAUGGAAAAGGAAAGCAGUUAUUUAUUUGUUUAUGGUACAUUAGUUAUUUUAUACCUUGAAAACCAACAUAAAUGCCAUUUCUAUUGUUUAAAAUUACUUUUUUUCUUUUAAGUUUUAAGAAUGUAGUAUUUUCUGAGGACUGAUAUGGUACAAAAAUGUAACCAAAAUUUUCAGAUACUACAUUUUUAAAAAGAAAGGAUGGGAAAAAUAUGUAUCAGCAUGAAUGAUCCUGAUGUAGAGAAUAAAGUCCUUAAUUGAACCUUGGCAAAAUAUAUAAUUAGAUUAUAUAAUUAUUUCCUUGUUUCCGAUAAGGACAAAUGUUAACUGUCAUUUAACUGUCUUGAAGAAUGAAAAGUGAUGCAUUUGGGCUUUUUAGAUCAUUUGUAACGAAAUUUGUACAGAAACCCUCCAGUGAAACUAAGUGAACCAUUUUCCAGAUCCUGACUGGAUUGCUGUGAUUUUACAGUUAAAAACUAAUUUCAAAUUUUUUAGGUUUUUGUACAUUUAUUUUUUUCUAACAAAUAUAUUGAACUAUAUAAUUAAAGUUAAGUAGUUAACUCUUCAUAAUGCAGAAAUGGAUGACAUGUUAUAUAGAAAAAUGAGUCAAUUUCACCGUUAUUGAAAAAUGAUAGUGUGUAUGUUGGAAAUUUUAAGUCAUUAAAGUAACUAGUUGCUUUUGAAGGGAAUCUAUUUGAAAAAAUGUAAUUUCCUGAUGUUAUCUGCAUUGUAUUAGAAAAAUAGACUGAAAUCCAUUUUUAAAAAAAAUGCAGUUGUAAGGAGUGCUCAGUAAAAGGAAGCGCACACAGUCUUAGUGUGGAGGACCUCUUGAAUGGUGCACAGAUAAUUCCAACUUUUAAGCAGUGAAAUAAGUAUUUCCAUCUUUCCUACAACAAGGAAAUACAUUAUUUCUGUUUUAAAGACGCUGUGUAUUUAUGACCAUGUUUGGACAUUUUUUCAGACACUGGUUUCUUAGUAAAGCAGAAUGACUUGGAUCAGAUUAUUUGUAACUGAAACCCUUAAGAUAUAUUAAUACCAGAUACAGAUUUUAUAUUUUUAUAAUUUAGCUUCUGUAGAUUGCAAAAGUUGAAUUAAGAAAUUUAAGUCAUCAUGUUUUGGGUUUUACCACUUGGAAAAGUCUCCUUUGAGAUAUUAACAUCAAUGUAUGUACUGUUUAUAGACCAGAAGGAAUUGUUGGCACUUGUCUUAGUUAAGCAAUAAGAAAAAUAUCAAGUUUAUGGAAACUUUAGAAAUUAAAAUUGUUAGUGCAUGGAACAUAAAAGAUCAAUUUCCAGGCUGAGCUCAGUGGUACAUACCUGUAAUCUCAGCACUUGAGAGGUGGAGGCAACAACAUCAGGAGUUCAGUUACCUUUAGCUACAAACCAACUUUAAGCCUAGGGCUACAACAGCAGCAACAUCCCCCAAAUCAGUUUAUAUACCUAAUUUUGUUCUUUUAUGUUAUCCUGACUUCACAAAACUCGAGUUUAAAAGAAUUUUAAUGUUGUCACAGGGCAGUUUAUUUAAAGACUCCUUUUAAAUACAAUCUAUCAGCCUUUGGAAGCAGAUAUGUAGGUUCUUAAAAUCUCCCCCUUCACAGCCUUCUCUAGAGCAAUCUGUCUUCUGCAUACAAGUAUAAACUGAAGAUUAAGGGCCUUAUUGCCAUUGUAUUUACUGCGUUGUAUCACUCCAACUCUAAAGACUGGUGGAUUAGUACAGAACUGUCUUACUAUAGUUAGAAUAACUGUAGAACAUUUGUUGGGUGAUUAGGCCACGUCAGAGAGAAGAGAUUGACUAGAAUCAGUUUCCCUUGGAAAUUAAUUAUGUAAGACCCUGAACAGCAAACAUUCCCUUACCAUAGAACUGUUAACAGAACUGUCCCUUAGCUGUAGCGUCGUAGAUUAACCAGAUACUUUCAUAGGUGUAUUGAAAUAAAAUUUUGGCCCUGUGAGAUGUUAGCAUUUGCAUGAUUAAUUUCAGUCGGCAGUGUUCAAUUUUGACAUUCCGUUUUAUACAUCCAUAGCUAUCUAUAAAUUUGUCUCAAAUGUUAAGUUGAAAGAAACUGGUUUUAAGCUUUCUCUCUAAAGAAAACAAAGUGAUUUUUAAUAUUUUGUUCACCUGAAGUUCAUUUUUGAGUAGGUUGAAAGGACCAACGUACUUGAGUGAUUAAAGGGCUAUUAUCAAUGUUUAUCCUAUAUGCAGAGAGUGUAGUAUUUUAAAAAUGAGAACGGGGUUGGGGGCAUUUCUUUUGUCUAGAAUGAAUUACUCCCUAUUUAUCUAGAAGAUACUGCUAACAAUAGUAGCUUGAUUUGGUGAUAAGUUGUCUUAUGUUAAAAUUGGAAAAAGUGCACCUUUUGUUUCCAUCAAAAAAGAAAAAAAAAGUGCAGACUUUCCCUAGUUCCCCUGAUUUCUGGAUGACUUGAACUAAAAUUUAUGCAUCUACUAAGAAACUAUUUUGUUUUUAAUUAUACUUAUCAAAGUGCUCCAAAUGAAAAGUCAUUUUGAACUAUGUACAGUACCCCAGGAAGAGGUCAGAUUGAGUCAGAAGACUGUAAGUACCACUGUGAGCGCUCUGGAGGUGACCCUGCACACAUUACAGUGAGUAGACUAUCUGAGCUAUAAAUAUAUUUUUUAGUUUCAAUAGCUCUCUUUUGAAAAACUUUUAAUGCAGAUAAAAAUAUCAGGAAAUUAACCUUAUAUGGCACAAACCAAAUACAUAGUAGUAUAUGGAUGAGUUUCUACAUUUAAAGAGCUAAGAAGAUAGGUUCAGGAUUGUAUUAUAGUACAUGCACUUACAAAGCAGAUAGAUGCACACACAUGCUGAUUACUUUCAAGGAUGUGGGUGUUGAUUUAUCACAACAAUAAAUUAAAAAAUAAGAUACAAUGUUACAUUUUUAGACCAUAUUGAAACUGCAAGAAGAGACAGGUCUUAAAAAGUUAUUAAGAAAACUACUAAAUCCCGCCAUGGGAUAUUUAGACGUGUAGGACAUAGCUCAAGUUUUGAAAAGCAACUGACCUAAAGGGUUAAAGUUGUAACUGACACAUUUCAAAUUAAAAUUAUGUUUAUUUUGUACAGAAAGCAAUGUUAAACACAAGCAAAUCUGUUGUAUGUAAUAAGUGACAGAGUUUUUAAAAAUUAUUUAGCUUUAUUGAUGUUUUUGUUUUAUUUCUUCUAGACCUGGAGUAUCAUGUCAUAAACGGCAGUCUUGCACCGCGGUAGCAGGCCCUUUCUUUUUGUACAUAUUGAUUGGACCUUUCUUUACUGUUAUGUGGACACUUUCUAUGUUAGUUUUGAUGCAUAAUUCUUGGAAUCCUUUUAUACAAACUAGAAUGUAUGUGUAAGAAUUCCUGUCCCUGCAAUGUAGUAACUAUAAACUUAUUUUUAAAUAAAUAGAAAACUUGUUUUUCUAAGCCAUUUUGUAGAGCCUCAUGAUUUCUUUGCUCUUUUGUUUGUUUUGGUUAGUUCUGGACACCAUAAAGCAGUUGGUACAUACUCAGUAGGCAACUUACCAAAGUGAUUGUGAUAUAGAAGCCAUUAUGUAAAUUCUAGUUCAUUAGAGGUUCCAUUGUUCUAGUUGUGAAAUGUUAAAAUCACUAUCAAAGAUUUCAGACAACUAAUGUAAUUCCAGAGUGACUAAAGGUUAAAAAUAAAGACUCAUUUGCCUUUC